UAUGACAUAAGUGUUAAACCAGAGGGGUAUAUACAGGACAGGGUCUGGGGUUGCACUUUAGAGGAGCCAGCAGACCCAUACUUACUCAUAACCGAAUGGACUGACGGACUGACCUCACCAUGAGGGUCGUCAAUAUUGGUCCAGACCCAUCUCUGGCAUACCGUCCCAUCUUAGACCUGGAGCAGAAAGACAAGGACAAGACAGAAUACAGGAAUUUUGAGAGCGGGAGUCUGAUUGAUCGUGUGUAUAACACAUACAAGCUGAUGCACACCAACCAGACCCUGGACUUUGUCAAGCAGAAGCACUCUGAGUGGUCAGGUUGUGGGCAUGCCCAGAUGGAGGUGAUGGAAGCCGUCAUAUCUCUGGACCAGCUUGUUGAUGAGUCCGACCCUGAUGUCGACUUCCCCAACUCAUACCACGCCUUUCAGACCGCUGAGGGCAUCCGAAGGGAACACCCCCACAAAGACUGGUUCCAGUUGGUGGGGCUGAUCCAUGACAUUGGGAAGAUCAUGGCUCUGUCAGGGGAACCCCAGUGGGCUGUAGUGGGGGACACAUUCCCAGUGGGGUGCAGGUUCCAGAAUGGCAUUGUGUUUCGAGGCAGUACCUUCGUGGACAACCCCGAUGACAAAAACCCUGCUUACAAUUCUGAGUGUGGGAUCUAUAAGCCAAACUGUGGGCUGGACAAUGUGCUCAUGUCCUGGGGCCAUGAUGAGUAUCUCUAUAGGGUCAUGAAGUUCAACAAGUGCACCAUCCCAGAAGAGGGUCUGUAUAUGAUCCGAUUCCAUUCUUUCUACCCCUGGCACUCCCAUGGAGACUACAUGCACCUCUGUGAUGACAAGGACAUGGGCAUGAUUCCCUGGGUUCGCGAGUUCAAUAAGUUUGACCUCUACACCAAGACCACUGAGCUGCCUGACAUAGAGAAGUUGAAGCCAUACUACCAGUCUCUCAUCGACAAGUACUGUCCUGGGGUACUGAAGUGGUGACACACACAGACAGAUGGGGCAGCCACACACACCUACUCCCACCUCAAAUGUUUCAUAAAUCAAUUAACUAUCACAAUUAAUUUCUUUCCCACCCUCUCUCACACCUUCAUAGAGAUCAUAUCCAGCAGCAACACCAAGGCAUCUCCUCAGAUAUGGGUAACACUAUUAGCUUUAUCUUCAACAGACCUGGAAAGCCUUUACCAUGUUGUCAUCUGUAAGUCAACUACAUUAUAUUCUAAUGACAGAACAUCCUAAAAGUGUUGUUUGUUGCUUAGAAUGCUGAUUACAAUUCAUAUGGUUAAUAAUGAAGAACCAAAUAGAUACAUUUCCUAUAUUUAUUAUAAAUGAUACAAAAACAUUAACAUUUUCCAUUCAUGGAUGUGAUGUUUUUUCAAACGUGGAAAGACGCUUGGCGGGAAAGUGCAGAACUGGUGAUUCAGUACAUUAUAUCUGCCAGCAAAGCAAAGGACCACAGUGGCAAACCAAACACCCUUUAACACACACACACACACACACACACACACACACACACACACACGUGUACAAUGAUAAGGACACUGACAAAAAAAGGUUAUUUUCUCUUGAUUGUAAUAAUACUACAGAUAAUUGGAAAACUGUCUAUUCAUUUCAAAUAAAGUGAUUGUCAAAUGUAGAAUAAAGCAUCAACAAAAUUC